UUUCUUCCCUGCAGCAUACAGGCAACUUCCUAACCUCCUUUCAAAACUGACCAGCUUUGAUGCCUUAAAAUACCCUUCCCGAACCUCACCAUUCCAUCAAUCCACGCAGACUAUUCUUUUUUGUUCCUCUUCAAUAUCAUUCUCUCAACCUGGCCAACAAGCUUUUCGCUGUCCUACUACAAAGAAGAAAACCAAAUAGUUCUACUUCUUUUUAGUCAUAAAUUUUACCCAACUAUAUUGCUUUAGUUCAAAUGGAGACAUCAUCAGCAAACUCUAGCCAGUUUCAAUUGGUUGAUAUGAUCUUGUUGUUUCAUAGUUUAAUAUGUUAUAAUAGCAUUAGAAGUUUUUUCUCAAGAUAUUGGUCUUUUCUACAAUCCCAGUAUGAACAUGGCAGCUCAAAGACAUCAGGCUGGGAGAACAACCUGGCUUUUGAGUGUUUAAACAAGGAAGUUUCAUCUGCUGAGAAGAAGAAAGAUGAGGGGAGAGUGUCUAGAAAAGAUGUGGAGAAGCUGAUGGGAAAUCUGGGACUUUUUUGCAACCAAGAAAGUGAGGAGCUAAAUGAAUCAUUUGGUUCUGAUGAGCUUUCCAGGUUGUUUGAGGAGGAGCCAAGUUUGGAAGAGGUGAAGCAAGCUUUUAAUGUUUUUGAUGUGAAUAAAGAUGGGUUUAUUGAUGCAGAGGAGUUGCAGAAAGUUCUCUGUAUUUUGGGAUUGAAGGAAGGCUUGAAGCUGGAGAACUGCAAUAAAAUGAUCAAAACCUUUGAUGAAGAUGGAGAUGGCAGAAUAGAAUUUCAGGAAUUUGUAAAAUUAAUGGAGAGCAGUUUUUGCUGAAUCAGUCUUUUUUUUUCCUUUAAUUUUUUCUGGAAGCUUAAUAAAUACUAUUAGACUUGAUUAAUUUUUACCUCUA